AAAAAUUCUCGGCCCGUCCGCGUUCUCUGCAGCAAUGGGCGCCGUUGUUGCUCCGUUCUGCACGCCGGCGUUCCCUCAGGAGGUAGCGGGAAUUCUCCGAGCGGCGAGGAACAGGGAGGGUGUGGUGUGCGUCCGGAGGUAGAGGUGCAGGACGAGGAAUCGAUUAGGGUGUCAGCCAUUUUGUGUACCGAAUCGCGGGGUUUAUCCAAUGGGAAUCUGGGGAGGCGUGGAACAGCCACUGGCGUUGUGUUGCGCGCGUAUGGCUGGGACCCAACACUCCUGAAAUCGAACUCGUAUCUCCGUUGUUCCCGUUGCCGAUGCCCGCUUCUGCCUUCUACUUUCCCACCUCUGAUAGUGGUGGUUCCGGAGGUUACGUGGGGGAAACUAAACCCGUGGGCGGCUACCCGACAAAUUCUGUUUCAGUGCCUCGCAGGGCCCCGCGCUGUCAACUUUGUCGGGGCUUGAAACGGAAAAAAAGAACAAUUUUUAAUUAACGAAAAAAAUAAAUAAAUAAAUAAAUAAAUAAAAAAUAAAUAAAAAUAAUCGACAACGAGUGGUACGCGCACGCACGCGACACCGUCGAAAAACAACCCUUCGGUCGACCUCGCCUGAGCGUCAAAAAUAAAUAAUUUCUUCGUUGUUUCAACCCUGUGCCCGCAUCGCACCUCGCGCAACGAUCGAACCGAUAUUAAUUUAUUGCCCGAUAUUUGGCGCGAACAAAAGAGAAAAAAAAAGAAAAAAAAGAGAAAGGAAAUUAAGGGAAGUUGCAUGUAUAUAAUAUAAUUGUGUCGAAUGUGCAAAAUUGAAAAAGAAAAAAAAAAUCGUGCGUGCGUGUCAUGUAUCAUACAUGUAUAUGUAAUAUGAAUAUAUGAGGAAUUGUAUAAUUUGUGAUAAGUUUUAAUAAUUGUAAUAUAUAAUUGUUCAUCGAGUUAUUAUUAUUAUUAUUGAUAAUAUAAGUGUUGGAGCUGUUGUACAUAUAACACAAUAGAAGUGCAAUUUCGAUUUAUAUGCAUAUAUGUAUAAAUAUUUUGCAAGUCAACAUCGGGUAACGUUAAUAUAAUUUCAAUGAAAAUUGUAUACAUACAAUAAUAUACAUAUAAAUACGGGUUUAAAUCUGAAACUGAACGAGCAUAACGACGUCUCCGAAGAGAGAAUAGAAAGAGAUAAUAAAAAUACGAAAUAGAGAUAUAAAAAAGUAAUCCAAGUGCAGAGCUGUGAACGAUAGAUUCUGAUCAAAAGUUAUCAGAGUGGCUAAGUACAGGAGAAGGUUUUGUGCGACGCCUUCGUACGCGGAGUGCGGUUACGAUAUAAACGGAGGAUCUGAAAUAUUGAGUUUUUCAACGGUCAUAAUUAACCGGCGAAAUCGUUGGUUGGACAAGUGUUACGGUACGUUGUUAUCGGAUCAGGAUACAGCACGAAGAAAUUUAAGAGUUUCAGAAAUAGGGGGGCCCACCGCCAUGCAACGGGCCAACGCAGGCGGCGGUCCAGGGCCCCUAGGACUUCAGGGACCUCCGAGGUCUCUGAAAAUAUCGCCCGUCAAAAUUCAGGACGAGUCCGGAGAUCCGCUUUCUCAAAAGAGCAGAACAUCGCACUGCGUCGGAUGCGGCGGCAGAAUUCACGAUCAGUGGAUACUGAGGGUUGCACCAGAUCUGGAAUGGCACGCGGCAUGUCUGAAGUGCGCCGAAUGUCAGCAAUUCCUCGACGAAAGUUGCACCUGCUUCGUACGCGACGGUAAAACGUACUGCAAACGGGAUUACGUGAGGUUGUUCGGCACUAAGUGCGACAAGUGCAGUCAGUCGUUCAGUAAAAACGACUUCGUUAUGCGGGCGAAGAGCAAGAUAUACCACAUCGAAUGUUUUCGUUGUUCGGCGUGCAUGAGGCAACUCGUACCGGGCGACGAAUUCGCCCUGAGGCACGACGGACUUUUCUGCCGACACGAUCACGACGUAUUGGAAGGUGGGAAACUAUGCUCCGGACCGGGUAACGUCACCGGCAACGAGAACAACAACAACGCCUCGCUGACCAACAACAACCAUCAUCUGCAUCCUAACGACGGAUCGAUGUCAGAUUCUGGUUCCGAAAGCGGUUCGCACAAGGCUGGAACCGGAGGUCCCCGGGGUUCCGGUGGUCACAAGGGCGGCGGUGGAUCCGAUGGAAAACCGACGAGGGUCAGAACGGUAUUGAACGAAAAACAACUUCACACUUUGCGUACGUGUUACGCGGCGAAUCCCAGACCGGACGCGCUAAUGAAAGAACAGUUGGUGGAGAUGACAGGACUCAGUCCAAGGGUAAUAAGGGUCUGGUUCCAGAACAAGAGGUGCAAAGACAAGAAGAAAACUAUCGCUAUGAAACAACAGAUGCAACAAGAAAAGUAUUUUCCGUUGCAGGACGGGCGAAAAUUGGGCUUCGGCGGGAUGCACGGUAUCCCGAUGGUGGCCAGCAGUCCUGUGAGGCACGAAAGUCCCAUAGGAAUGACGCCGCUCGAGGUUCAAGCGUAUCAACCGCCUUGGAAAGCUUUAUCAGACUUCGCACUUCACACAGACCUCGAUCGCCUGGAUCCCAACGCCCCUCCGUUCCAUCAUCUAGUCUCGCAGAUGCACGGUUACGACCUCCACGGUGGUCCGCCGCCCCCUUUACCUCCCCAAGGUAUGAUGGGUCCGAUGAACGACGGAGGUGGGGGAGGGGGUCCUCUUCCUCCCCCCGGAGGUCAUCAUCAAGGUGGCGUUGGCGGAGGUCCGGACAUGGGUCAGCAUCCGGACAGUACCGACAGUUACGUAACUUAUCUGGAAAGUGACAGUGACUCGCUGCACCACGAUACCGGAAGUCCAUAGUGUCGUCCCUCGAAUUUAUUCCGUAAUAUCAAUAAUAAUAAUAAUAAUAAUAAUGACAAGAACAACGCCGGGAAAAAAUUAUUCAUUUAGCACCGAGAUCGGAAUCGCCCGAUAUGACAAUUAAACCCCCCCCCCCCCCCCUUAAUUAGCCGGCAGCAACAGUGUUUGAAAAAAGCUCUCUCGACGAAGGAAACGAAAAAAAAAAAAAAUACGCUGCAAUUCGCAUCACCUACAGCGUGCCCUAAAUGAUGAUCAGAUUGUACGAUGGGAUACGGAAUUAAUUGAUUGAAUCACAUUACGUGAAUAAAUGUACGUAUAUAUCAGCUGUCUAAUUGUUUCAAAAAAAAUAUCACUAAUCUAUGAUAAUGACACUGCGUACAUGGCUGCUCUUCGUACGUAUGAUAAAGAAUUAUUACUACGAAACAGGAAUUCCAAAUUGAAAAAUAGAUGAAAAAAUGGUGAAGAAACUUUUGUUAUUCGGCUAACGUAAAAUAUAUCGGCCUAUAUCAUGCGGUAUGACGUGCUGCGUUAUACUUACGUGUGCUACAUGGGUCGGUUUCGAUUGCUCUUACUUCACGUCCUUGCAAAAAUAAUAUUUCCGUUCUCUUGCGUCUGUACAAAUACCCGUAGCAUGAUUUUUUUUAAUUACUUUAUUCGUAGGGCACAAACACAAUCGACAAUUAAACGAACAAAACCAGAAUAAAAAAGGAAGAGAAAAGAAAUGAGAAUAACUGAACUCUAUUUGUAAACGUGAUAUACUCCGAAAGAGACACAAGAAACUUUCAACGAACAAAAUGUAUUCCUCACUAUAAAUUAUAUACACGGUAUUAUUGAUGAAUUGUUUUUUUUUUUUUUUCCAAUUUGUACCAUAACACAAACACCUUAUUUAUACGAUACUUCGAUUAUCAUCAUUCUGCAGUUUUCGUCAUUGACUACCAGACUUUGUUACUAACAUUUUUCUUCUACAUUAUUAAUACUACGUGUGUAUAAAGAAGAAAACUAAUAUCUAUAUGCGUUUAUUGUACAUAUAUGAUGUGAUUUUUUUUUUACUUUAUUUUAUUUCAUUUCAUUUUAUUUUUUGUUAUAUAUAAAUACCAAAGUGUGCGGGUCGCGAUAAUAAAAAAAAAAUAAUCAUAUUAAUAAUAAAAAAAAAGUAAUGAUAAUAUUACUCGUAAUAAUAAUCAUACCAAUAGUAAUAUUAUCACUAAUGAUA